GGCGAGGUUCAGUCCUCAGAGCGUAACCAGCCGCGGUCGGACCUGCUUCGUGUGUGCCUCUGUUCAGAGACGAGUGACGUGUUUUUUUCUCCCUCGAGGAAAAGUGUACGUAUGUAAUGACGCCCGGGCUAUGACCCGAGAGAAGAUGAAGCCCAAAUACGAAUUAGAGGACUACAUCUACGACGUCGAGUCUCGCUCCUUGGAGCCUUCAGCCGACCCGGAAGAUGUUUACGCACAGCUACUUCAAAAAGACAAAGACCUGAUCUUGGCGGCCGAACUCGGCAAGGCCCUCUUGGAGAAGAACGAAGAGUUGAGUCGUGCCAACGAAAAGCUCGCAGAGGACUAUUCUCAAAAAUUAGAGGUCAUAGAACAAGACAGACACCUGUUGAGGAGGAAACUAGCCACGACACAAGCAGAAUGCGAAACGAGGCUCUUGGAAUUGCAAGCGGACAUACGGGAGUUGCAGAGGGUAAUUGGCGAAAAGGAAAACUCCAUGAAACAGGUGGAAAAAGAGAAAAACGCCCUGAUCGUUGAACUCACCGAACAGAACCAAAGGCUAACUGCCCAGAUAAAAGAGUCCACUAAACUUGAAGAACAAUUAACGAUUCAACUACAGGGUAUGAAAGAUCAAGCUAGUAGGAGACGGACUAGCCUUCAGGACCAUCAGAGUAGCCUAGAAGUACUGCGAGAUGAAAUUUGUAUGAUGUCUGAAAAGAAGACAGAAUUAGAGAGAAGGAUUGUAACUAUGACCCAACAAAGAGACACACUUACUGUUGCUUUGGAAGAAGCUACAGACAGAAUAAUGUUCCUCGAGAGGCAAUUAAGAGAACAACAAAUGCAGAUGAGAGUCUCUCAUAGUGAACUUGAGGAAUUAAGAAGUGCAAAUGGUUCUCUUGGGGAAAAACUUUCUCAGUUUGGUUCCCCGUCAGGUGAAGAAAGGUCUCUUCACAGUGAAAUGGAAUGUGAUGACUCCAUUUUACCUCAGGGAGAUGAGUUCCACCAAUUGAAAGUGGAAAUUGUAAGUGUAUAUGAUAGAGUUAGAGCUGUGUGUCAUAGCUUGAAGCAAAGAGCACAGCAACCUAUUGAAAAUGGAGUACGACCUGAUAUUACCGUGCACCAAGUUAAGGUUGGACUCUUAACUACGAUUAUUCAGGAACUUUGUGAUCUUGUAUCAGACCUUAGCGGCGGUGAUUAUUCCACUGGAAGUGUUUGUGUUACUGAUCUCGAAGUUGAACUUCACAGAGCACAAGAAACACUAGAUAAAAUGUCUAAGGAAAUGGAAGCUAAGACUGAAGAGCUCAAAAGAAGGGCAGACACAAUUAUGGAACUGACAAGUAAAUUGUCCGUUCGGGAAGCUGAACUUGAAGGCACUCGGGAAGAAAGGGAUCAAGCAAGAAAUGACCUGAAGACUGGCAAUUGCUCCAAAGAUGAACUCAUAAGGAAAGCAUGGGAGGUAAGAGAUAGCGCCGUUGCAAGGAAAAAUGCAACACAAGUCGAGCUUGCUAAAUCCAGAAUCGAUGUGAUGCAAGCAAAUAGCCAGCUUAUGGAAGCAAUCCAACAAAAAAUUGAACUUUCCCAACAACUAGAACAGUGGCAGAUGGAUGUACAGGCAUUGCUUGAUGAGCAAAUGAGGAGAAAACUAGCAAAUCCAGAACAGCCUGUCAGUGGCCAAAACACACCUUCUUCAGCAGAAAAGAAAAGACCAAGUCGUCGCCUGUUUGGCCUGUUCCAGCGGUGAUAAGUCAAUCAAAAUUAACCUAACCUAUAGGAAAAAAUACAGCUACCAAAAUGUGUGUAUAAACAUGUUGAUUGAAUUUAUGAUAGAAAUAAUGUAAUUAUGUCAUUUCCCCAAUGACCCCCUCCCUUAUUUGCAAGUUUUAAAUUUUGUAAGCAAUCCACUAUAGUUUUAUGUUAAGUUUAAAAAAAAACAUUGAUUUAUCCUCUUCCGCCAGAGGGGCAUAUUAAAAUAUAUCAAUUGUUAAAAUUUAAAUAUUGACUCUGUCAAAUAAAAUAAAUGUGAUUUGUCAAAUAAUUUCUAGAAUUAAAAAUACGUUCUAUUUAUAUAGUUUUAAGAAGUCAUUUUGUUAUUUAUGAUUGCUGAAUAUCAUUUCUUGUAAAUAAAAAUUUUUUAGGGUUGUUUUCAAAAGAACUAUGAGAAAAAAUUGUUAUAGUAUUUUGCCAUUAAAUUUAUUUAUAAAACUCUAGGUGUGCAUCUGUACAAAAAUGAAAACAUUGUAUAGAGAUAUAUUUUUUGUACAGUAUACAAACAACUGUAGUUAUUGUAUAGAAUUAAAUAAAUGUGUAAAUAUAUAAUCUGUUUUAUAAAGAUAAUUAUGCGUACUUAACAUUUAAAUAUGUAGUUGAAAAAAGUUUGGCAAAAUGUUAGGUUUGAACCACCAAAAAUAUGUAAAGUGUACAUACAUAAAUUAAAUUCAAUUUUCUGAAUAAUCAA